AUAUAAGCCCCUUAGGGGGCGAAGUUAAAACUUGUGAGAAUAAGUCGUCACUUCCGGUUCGUGCUCAGACAGACCAUCGAUAUGAACCCUCCGCUUCCGGUAGCGCUUCCUUUUCGGCAGCGGCUAUUUCCUCGCCAACAUGCCACUUGCAAAAGACUUGUUGCACCCGUCCCCUGAGGAGGAGAAGAGGAGGCACAAGAAGAAGCGCCUGGUCCAGAGUCCCAACUCCUACUUUAUGGACGUGAAAUGUCCAGGAUGCUACAAGAUCACUACGGUGUUCAGUCACGCCCAGACGGUGGUCCUGUGUGUGGGAUGUUCAACGGUCCUCUGCCAGCCCACCGGAGGCAAAGCCCGUCUCACAGAGGGCUGCUCGUUCAGGAGGAAGCAGCAUUAGCGAGUCUCCGCUCUGAACGGGAGAGGGAGGGGCUGGAGCGGUCGAUGUCAGCGAGCCCCACCCCCAAGAUGGAGGCAGAUCCGGCGUGGCUUUCGGACAGCAGAUGGGUUGUUGCUGUAACUCCACCUUCCAACCCGCUCUCUCUUAAUAAAUGUUGUUUUGGCUAAAAGAAA